AAAUAGAAAAAAAUAUAUCCACUUCCACAUCCCUUCUCAUACCUCUCCUCCGUUUUAUUUCCUCUUCCUUGUUCACUUCCUUUUUAAGGGCAGUGAACCCCCUCCCAGGGAUCCUCUAUCAUUUCUACUUCCUUUAAUCAUUCUCGUCUUCUCAUCUGAUUGUAUUAAGGUGAGGAUGAUUUUCAAAGGAGGAGAGGAAGAAGUAAGCAAUACAUGGGUGGACGACCAUAAAGCCGGAUCAAAGGUUGGCGACAAUUAUGAUGGUGAAUUGGGUGAUGAUGAUAAUUUGGCAGAAUGGCUGAGUCUAAGCCUUGGCAGAAGUGAGUCGUCAAUGGCUGGGGAUUCUGAUUCCCAAUCAAAACCUCCUUCCAACAAGGUGUUCUCUUGCAACUUCUGCAUGAGGAAGUUCUUCAGCUCACAAGCAUUGGGCGGGCAUCAGAACGCCCAUAAGAGGGAAAGAGGAAUGGUUCGAUCUCGGUCUCGGAGGAUGAUGAUGAUGGGCCUACCAAUCAAUGCUCCAGUGAAUGUCCCACUUAUCCGUUCACUGGGAGUUCGGCCCCACUCACUAGUGCACAAGCCACAGGCAGAAGGGGCCAGAAUGGUUGCGAGAUUUGAUGACACAGCCACAGGCUUUGGGGCGACUUGGACGUCCUUCGCACUUGAAGAAGCAAUGGAUUUGAUGUGGCCAGGAAGCUUUCACAUGGGCUCCUCACUGCCAAAGCAACACUCGGAGCCACCCAAGCUUGACUUGAGCCUCCGACUUUGAUACGUGCAUGCAUGGAUCCAUCAAUUUAUUAUUAAACACUAUGAGUUGCUCUCUUGUUGUUCCAUCUAUUGUUCGAUUUCGCAUUUAUUCAUCAAUAUCAACAACAGAAGCUAAUCAAAUUA